CCGGCCAAGUAAAACGCGUCAAUGAAAACCAGAAGCCUCCUUUCACUUCCACCAAAGCAACCUGCGCCAAGUCAAGGAAACGGUAAAAGUUCGCCUCGUCUAAUAAAAACGCGUAUAGUGAUGUAACCUACUGGGAUACUUCCAAAUUAGUAUGUAACUGUGCCGGCGUGUUUUAACGGAGCCAAUUAAGCCAAGGGAUACUUUUACAACAAUUUGGCUCAACAUUUACAUCCCGGACCAACUUAUUAUCCGAUGAGAUUGUACAAAAAGGAGCGUACUGUGUUGUGGAGGCUUUACGGAAAUAAGCGAAAAGCCUAGGAAUUAACAGUGGUGCCGCUUGAACCAACUCUGAGUUCUCAUUUUGACUUUAUGUGGACAAUUUGUCUUUGUAUGGGAAUAAUGAGGGCAUUUUAAGAAGACCGACACGGCUUAUGAUCGCACAAUACGCCAAGAGACGGAAAGCUUCUCCUCAUUCAUGAUCACAGUCACUUUUCUUCCGUGUGAAAAGCUUCCAUGGACCAUUCGGAGAAUAUUUCGGGAGAAUCACAAUGUGUUGCUUGGCGGGUCAAUAGGACUUAUCCCCGAGGUGGGCCGUCGGAGGUAUAGCGAAUCGGGCCACCAGAGUCCACCACUCCCGGAGGAUAUCCUUAACGAGUUUGAGCUUCGUUUGCUGAACAUGUUCGGACUGAAGCGGAGACCAAACCCCAGCCGGUCCGCCGUAGUACCGCAGUACAUGAUGGACCUCUAUCGAACGCACUCGGGGAAUGGAGAAGACAAACUGAACAGGGCGAGAUCGUCCUCUGCAAAAACUGCGGAGCGCUCUGCCAGCAGGGCCAAUACGAUUAGGAGUUUUUAUCACGAAGAGUCUUUGGAAGCUCUUUCCAGCUUACGUGGCAAAACGGCACAAAAGUUCUUCUUCAAUCUCACCACCAUUCCCGAAGAGGAACUCAUCACGUCAGCAGAGCUGAGGAUUUUCCGAGACCUGAUGAAGGGAGGAGAGAAUUCUAGCGCCACCUUUCACCGCAUCAACGUCUAUGAGGUUCUAAGGACAGACUCGUGCUCUAAGGAGCUCAUCACAAGACUUUUAGACACGAGGCUACUGCAGCCCGAUUCGAGCAAGUGGGAGAGCUUCGACGUCAGCCCGGCCAUCGUGAGGUGGACGAAGGAAGGGCACGCCAACCAUGGCUUCCUCCUGGAGGUGAUCCACCUUAACGGCACCGGCUGGGAUGCUAGGAGGCAUGUAAGGAUCAGCAGGUCCUUACAUGAGGACGAGAAUUCCUGGCCUCACAUAAGGCCCCUGUUGGUGACCUUUAGCCACGACGGCCGUGGUGAUGUCCUCCAUAACAGAGAGAAGCGACAAGCUAGAACUAAGCAAAGGAGAAAGCAUAAGAGCAGUUGUAGACGGCACUCGCUCUAUGUGGACUUUAUCAACGUGGGUUGGAAUGAUUGGAUAGUUGCUCCCCCUGGAUACCAUGCUUUCUACUGCCAUGGGGAGUGUCCGUUCCCACUUGCAGAUCACCUUAACUCGACAAAUCAUGCUAUUGUUCAGACUCUAGUCAACUCAGUGAACACAAACAUUCCCAGAGCCUGCUGUGUACCAACAGAACUCAGUCCCAUAUCCCUGCUGUACCUGGAUGAGUAUGAGAAGGUCGUCCUGAAAAACUAUCAGGACAUGGUGGUUGAAGGCUGUGGUUGUCGUUGAAAAGAUUAUGAUCACAUGUCUUUUUUUUUUUUCCGGAGGAGACUGUCCAUCACACAGUUACAAACAGUUGGGAAAGUAAAUAUUUAUAAGAAAUAUUUCAAGUUAAUCAUUAUGUUUUUCUGAUGUACAUUUUUUUAGUGGCAAAAUCCCACUCAUGAAGUUUAAUUAUCAGAUAUGUAUUUAUUUCUAUUAAACUUUCUUUAUCUAGUAAAUAAUUCAUAUCUAUUUAUAUGUUAUCAUGAGGAAAAAUAUGGAUUUUAUAAUAGUUUCUGAGAAUGUGUGUAAGCUGUCUGUCUUUUAAGAUGGUAGAUUUUAUAAAAGAGUGAUCGGUUUUUACAGAUUAACAUAAGACUUUAAUAUAAUUCUAAAAACCAUAUAGCUAAGGGAAGUACACUUAUGAAAUGGAAAGAAAUAAUAUGACAGUUCUUAACACGGUAUUCAAUAAUCUUUGCAGUGAUUUUGAAUGAAAUGGUCCGUUCCUCCACAAGGAUGUGACAAAGACAUGAGCAGAGCGUGGAUUACAGUUAUGAGAGUCAUUGCAGGCACAGAGAACAGUGAAAGCAUCGUUAAUGUGAAUGCACUUAUCUGGAAGCAAUGUGAGAAGCAGUCGUUGACACUGAACGCCCGGGAUCGUAGCUCAUGGAGCGAGAGGUGUUCGCUUUGUCUCAAACCCAUGUAUUCUGCCUAAUAUCUUUAUGGCUCUGAUGAGUAAGGAUUGUAUUUAUAAAUGCGUCUCUUUAAGGCUCAUACAUUUAAUUGUUCAUUUCAGGACAUUCUACACUUUCAUCUAAACACCCCUCCCCCCCACCCAGUCUUUGCUGAAAAUCCCCCAUCUUUAAUUAAAAUUUCCUCAUCUUCAUCUACUGUCCUCAGUUCUUUAAUCGUCGACAUCACUUGCAAUUAUGACUUACAUAAACAAUAAAACUGGGCUAUUCGUUAUUAUCAGGUAAACCCUUUUAACGUCUCCGUCAUGUAAUUGUAUGUAAUCAUUGGACUUACUUUAUAUAGUUGUUGCGUUACAGUGACUAGGUUCCCAAGUAAAAGCUAGCUAGAUAAUCACAGAAUUCUACAUAGCUGCAUAUGUGGCAGGAAAACACAGGUUCUUAUACCUAAAUACAUAUUCGUUUAAUGAAAACAGAUGGUCUUUGAUGGAGUAAAAUUGUCUCCAAACGCUCAUCUUGAACCUUUUGAGUCAGAUGUUUAGCUUACUCAUGUGUAAUUUGAGUAGUGAAAAGAUGCAGGAAAAUGUAAACUUUGGAUGAACCACCCAGCUGCAAGAUAGGUGAAGGAUGAGAAAGGGUGUAAAUAUGAACAAGAAUCAACAACAAUGAGGAUGUUUCAAGUCAGAAUGAAGGUGUCUGAAUUGUGGAGAUGAUAAAAUGUGCUGAAUUGACCAUUGUUGACACGAUAUGCUGUACUAGCCUUUGCUGUAUUUUUUUCUUUUGUCUUUCUGUAAACUGAUUUGACGCAAAAUCAAAGGGCUUGCUGUCUUUUUCAGAGAGAUCGGCAAACUCUAAAGUGAGAUUAAUAAAAAAUAACGCAUCUGCUGC